CUUUAUCUCUCUUUACAGCCCAAUUCGCGGAUUCGUCAACCUUUAUUUGUGACUAAACUAACUUGGCAACACACGUGAGCAUAAUCAUGGCGGCUAAACGUAAAAAUGACGUGCCGGUCCCUGCUGAAGAAAGUGAUUUGCUGGUUAUUCGGCCACUGGGUGCUGGACAAGAAGUAGGCCGAUCAUGCAUCAUGCUCGAAUUCAAAGGCAAGAAGAUAAUGUUGGAUUGUGGAAUCCAUCCAGGUCUAUCAGGCAUGGAUGCACUGCCAUUCGUUGACUUGAUCGAAGCAGACCAGAUUGACUUGUUGCUUAUUUCACAUUUCCACUUGGACCACUGUGGUGCACUUCCAUGGUUCUUACAGAAAACAACAUUCAAAGGCAGAUGCUUUAUGACCCAUGCAACAAAAGCAAUUUACCGUUGGUUGCUGUCAGAUUACAUCAAGGUCAGCAACAUUUCCACAGACCAAAUGCUCUACACAGAAGCUGAUCUUGAAGCAUCCAUGGAGAAAAUUGAAGUCAUAAACUUUCACGAAGAGAAGGAAGUUGGGGGUGUGCGAUUUUGGGCCUACAAUGCAGGACACGUUCUUGGGGCUGCAAUGUUUAUGAUUGAAAUCGCCGGUGUAAAAGUGCUGUACACUGGCGAUUUCUCUCGACAGGAAGACAGGCAUUUGAUGGCAGCCGAGAUCCCUACUGUUCGACCCGACAUUCUAAUCACAGAAUCUACUUACGGAACUCACAUUCACGAGAAGCGGGAGGAUCGCGAAAGCCGCUUUACCGGCCUGGUUCACGAAAUCGUUAAUCGAGGUGGAAGAUGUCUCAUCCCGGUCUUUGCACUGGGUCGAGCACAAGAACUACUACUUAUCUUAGACGAAUAUUGGAGCCUGCAUCCUGAACUACAUGAGAUUCCCAUUUACUAUGCUUCAUCGCUUGCCCAAAAGUGCAUGGCAGUUUAUCAGACCUACAUUAACGCCAUGAAUGACAAAAUUCGGCGACAAAUAGCCAUCAACAAUCCCUUCAUUUUUAAACACAUCUCGAGCCUUAAGGGUAUCGACCAGUUUGAAGAUGUCGGUCCUUGCGUGAUUAUGGCCUCUCCCGGUAUGAUGCAAAGUGGUUUGUCACGAGAGCUCUUUGAAGCUUGGUGCACAGAUCCCAAAAACGGUUGCAUUAUCGCUGGUUACUGUGUUGAAGGCACAUUGGCAAAGCAUGUUCUAUCUGAACCAGAAGACAUCACAACUAUGGCUGGGCAAAAGUUACCGAUGAAACUUUCAGUUGAUUACAUCUCCUUUUCGGCUCACACCGAUUAUCAACAGACAAGCGAGUUCAUUCGUUUGUUGAAACCACCUCAUGUCGUAUUGGUCCAUGGAGAAGCCAACGAGAUGAAUCGAUUAAAAGCCGCUCUCAUCCGAGAGUACGAGCACGAUCCCGACACUCAAAUCCGUAUUUAUAAUCCCCGCAAUACUGCUGCAGUCGAACUUCAUUUCAAAGGAGAGAAAACGGCCAAAGUGAUGGGAUCUUUGGCAUUUGAAAAGCCGGUGGAGGGUCAGAUCAUUUCUGGGGUAUUGGUGAAACGCAAUUUCAAAUACCAAAUUGUCGCUCCAUCUGAUAUUUCCAAGUACACGGACAUGACAGUAAGCAGCGUAACUCAAAGGAUGGGAAUCCACUACAGCGGAAAUUUGCAGACAUUACAGGCUGUUUUGUCACAUGUUUCGUCUGACGUCGAAGUGUUCCAUAAUGAUAAGGGUCUCAAAUCCUUUCGUCUUUUCUCAGUCAUAGAUGUCAUCGUUGACAAGUCUCUCGUCACGCUAGAGUGGGCAGCUGAUUCUGUGAACGACAUGUUUGCCGAUGCCGUUCUUUCCGCGAUUCUGAAGUGCGAAUCACUCCAAGGUUCAAAAGCAAUUGUACUUCCCACAACAGUUGAUCACGUCCGAUUCAAGGAAUGUUUGAUUGAAAUGCUCCAAGAUAUGUUUGGCGAUGAAGCUGUUCCUAAAGUAUUUAAGGGAGAUAAAUUUAUAGUUACCGUUGAUGGCAAAAAGGCUAACAUUGAUCUUACUGCUUUGGAGGUGGAUUGUCCUGAUGAUGUGAAUUUUCAGCAAGUGGUACAAACUGCUGUCUUAAAACUAUAUCAGUCUUUAGCACCUAAAACUGAUAAAUUGUAAUAUUCUUGUAUUGUUCCGCAUAAUGGGUGAAUAUACAUUUGCUAUCGU